AUGGGGUCCUCGAGCUCAACGUUGGAGACGGCGAAGCUAGUCCGGAUGCUUCUCUCCAAAGAUGCAGCCCCUCCUGAGUCGCUGACUCAGCUUCUUAACAUGACCAUGACAGAGGAGGAAACGAGCCGUGUCUUUACAGUGGAGAAAGUUCGUCAGCUGCGGCACCUCUACACGCGCAACUUCGCAGCCUUGCUGUACUGCUGCAUUGGUGCCAUCUCGGCGGUGGCCGUGAAGCGGCACGAGAUCAACACCAGCACCAACUCCCCCAGCGUAUUUCUCACGACGGAGGUGAUGACGCAGUACCACUCCGCGCUGAGCAUCCUGCUCUGUAUCCUUCCAAUAGCACUUGAAAGCGGAACAACACCGCUCGAGGAUGCGGUGGAUGCGUGCCCAAAGAGGAAUAAUCCAGCGGCCCCCACAGGCGCAGAUGAUGGCACGCCACCGCCAGCGGCCAUGACCCACUCACGGACGGCAGCCACAGCGCACUUCCAGCAGCUCUUCUUUGUUGAAGGGAAGACUUGUGACGAUGCAAAUCCGGAGGACACCUUUUCGCUGCUGCCGCAGCAGAACGCCCAUCUCACCCCGACACAGCCGUGCACCGAACCGCUUCCGCUGGGGUCGUUCAUGGUGUGGUCAUUGGUCGAGUGCUGCUUUGUGCGCGGUCUGACCUUGCCGGAGUAUCCGGUGCUGCCAGCGGAAGCCAGCGUCAGUAUCACUCAUCCAGAGGUAGACUCAGGGCUGAUGUGGUGCCCAGGGCUUGCUUCCGAAGAUCCUAUCCAGGCUCUUGCCAUCAACACGAGCACGCCGAGUUUUACCUGGGCGACCCCACAGCUACCUCGAAGGCGGAAAGCACUCCUCGAAGUUCUGUUUGUGGCGCUGUCCUCGCUGGUCUAUCAUGAAGCCGGCUUCCGAGACACCAUCUUCCUAGAGCCGCUUCUGUCCACCUCGACGGUGCCGUUGACGCCCACACUCUCCAUCUCAAUGCUCAACACUAUUCUUCAGUUUGUCCCGUAUGGAUAUUUGCCCUACACAAGCCACCUCGGCGUCGAGGAAAAAGACCUGGUAGUGGCGAGCGCCCGACUGCUCAACGCAACCUUGUGCUACAUGGGUGUUCCGCUGGAUCCCGUCCUUCCGUCUGAGAGGCAGCACUCUGCGGCAGAUGGCGCCGGCCCGUCACUGGAUCGGCGUAUUUCACAGGCGAGUGAUAUGCGCGUCAGUGAGCAGGUGAGCUCUACGCUGGCAGACGGGCCAGGGACAAGGACCCUCAGCCACCCAAGUGGUAGCCAUCCCAUCUGCGAUUCAGGGAGGUCGUCACGAACUGCCUCGAGCCCCACCGGCGCUCUCCGUGACGCCCUCGUAUUGAACACAUUACACUCGCCUUCUGGGAGCAUUGGGCCUUCUACGAUGCCGCUCCCGCAAGCCGGGCCGCCGCGCUUCGUGCACAGUGUGCGCAAGGCGCUCCGGGACAUCACCCUAACCGAGGCAAAGGCACUCGUGCAGCGCAUGCAGGUCAUCCUUGGUGUGAACGUGUACUCCCGUCAGACGUACCUGCCUGUCUCGCAGGGCUGGUUUGCCUCCUUGGAUGACUUCAUGGUGCUCUUUUGGAAGAUACUGGACUUGUCGCCAGCGUGUCUGGCACAGUUCGGCACAAGCUCCCACGCCUUGGACUACGUCAUCCCCAUUCUCGAUUACGCCCUCGCCGUGCGUCGCAGCCCGCUCUACACGUACCAGUUCCAGCUGAUGCUCUUCGUGCUGACUCGACUCUCUGAGGUGCGGGGGUUCGUGCUGCAGUGUAACCAAGUGUGCAGCGCAACCCUGCCCUUCCGCUUUCCGAAGAUGUCACCGACGCGCACGUACAAUGGCCUUAUCGUGCUUGCCUUGUGUCUUGUAAUGGAGAUGAAAGACCUGCAGACUCUCGUUCCGCUUUUUCCUUCGUGCACCGUGGUGCUGGCGAACAUGGCGCCGUUUAUUACAUCUCUCGGACGAGAGCCGUCCAUCAAGCUGGUUUCCGUUUUCGCCCAAGUCACCUACCGCUGUUUGCGCAGCACUUUCCCAAGUUCGCCUGCCAACAGCACAACAGGGGAUGCUUUAGGCGGUUCGUUUCCGUCGGCAGGGACAUCGAACAACCUCGUGCACCAAUCUCAAAUGGUGAAUCUGUGCGAGGCCAUCGCAAGCUUGCUGCAGUACCAAGCCAAUGGCUCCCUGUACCUGAUUGCUGCCCUCGUGGACCACCGCGCAGUCGUGCGAGAGGCGAAGGACGCCUACGUGGUGCAGCGCACCAAGGAACUCGCAGUGGGGCUUCCUUUGCCGUUUCUCAUCAACACGCUCGACGCCGCGGUGGCGGUGGCGCUUCCGGUGCUGGAGAGCACCGAUGCGCUGCGGAGGAUCACCAAGUACUACGUGGACACAACGUCUGAGGCGACCGUGAACAAUGGAACAGCUGCCGCUGAGACUACGAGAGCGUUUGCACUUCAGGUGGGGAUGGGUGAGCUGGGUGCCGGGCUGGCGGCCAGCGACGAGGCUGUUGAUCGACUGCGGUCAAUGACAUUGGUCGGCGUACUCCCCACACCGCAUAGCAUCGUUGUUCGAAAAUUUCAAUCCACUAAGAGCGUAGAGCAGUGGACGGCGACGACGUUCUGGACAAGCGCGUACAUUCACUCGCAAGCUGGGCUGCUGGGAGACCGCGCUUCGGUUAAGCUGGUGGAGUUUGUGUGA